AUGCCAGGAUUUACUGAACAGGAACGAGGUGCUACAUCGUACAUGGCAGUACGAGUGGAUGCAGCUAGAAAAAGCUUUUGGGCCAGGGUGAAGCUGUCAUGGUUGCUUCGCUCUCCAUCCUCUAUUGGGGGACCUAGCCUGCAUCGGGGACCUGAAAGCAAAAGCGAUACUAUCGCACCAUGCAAAGUACAAGCCGCAGAUCAAAGCCCCCAUGCGAGCACUGAGGAUAUCCUCUUCAUGGCCAGGGAAGAUCAAAGUCUCUGCGGCCAUGAUCUGUUGACAGCAGUCUGCCGAGCAAUGAGUACAGGCGGUGGUCUGUACCACAAGUACGAGUACACGGCCCAGUGUAGCCACACGGCGUCAGUCGUGGUACCUGCUCUGUACGAUGAUGCCCGCGAGCUGCCGGUCCAAGCAGGCACCCACAGCAACUUGCGGGUCGAGCAUUUGACAAGCAGGGCUCGGAUGGAAUCAGCGCAGCCAAUCGCGGGCGCUGGCCACGCCUGCAACGCUCCGCUGCGGGACCCAAGUCCGCACGUUUCGACCGAUCUCGAGGAGCGCAGCGCAGAAACGACUUCCUUCUCUAGCCUUUUUGUCGACGCUGGCCUUUUGUGGCUGCCUGGCAACCUGGGUGAGUGA